AUGGAUCUUGUACGCCAGCUCAACGACCGUCUGCUGUUUGCCGUGCCCAAGAAGGGGCGGCUUUAUGAAAAGUCUGUGGCGCUGCUGAAUGGGGCGGACAUUCUCUUUCAUCGCUCACACCGACUCGACAUCGCGCUCUCCACGAGCACACCGGUGGCGCUGAUCUUCCUGCCGGCGGCCGACAUCCCAACGUUCGUGGGCGAGGGCCGGUGCGACCUGGGUAUCACCGGGGUGGACCAGGUGCGCGAGUCUGGCGUGAACGUGGAGCUGCUGCAGGAUCUGGACUUCGGGCGCUGCCAGCUGCAGGUGCAGGUGCCGGCCGGUGGGCCGUACAGCCAGCCCGAGCAGCUGAUUGGCAAGACAAUUGUCACAAGCUUCACGCGGCUUGCGCGCGAGUACUUCGCGCGCUUGGAGGGCGUGGACGAGGCCGCGAUGACGACCCGCGUCAAGUACGUGGGCGGCUCUGUCGAGGCAGCCUGUGCACUCGGCGUCGCCGACGCCAUCGUCGACCUGGUCGAGAGUGGCGAGACCAUGCGCGCGGCCGGGCUCACGCCCAUCGGCACCGUGCUCUCGACUAGCGCGCACCUCAUCUGCUCGCCCAACCCGAAGAGCAGUCUCGCGCUGCUCGACACCGUGCGCGCGCGCAUUGAGGGCGUGCUUGCCGCCCAGCACUACGUCUACUGCACCUACAACGCUCACGCCGACGCGCUGCCCGCGCUGCUGCGCAUCACUCCCGGUCGCCGCGCCCCCACCAUCUCCAAGCUGGACGACGACAACUGGUACGCAGUGUCGAGCAUGAUCAUACGUCGUGAGAAAGGCCGCAUAUUGGACGACCUCAAGGCCAGCGGUGCCGAGGACAUCAUGGUCUUCGAGAUAUCGAAUUGCAGAGUAUAG